UCUGGCCCCAUUGUCAAGAUCUUUACAACCUUAAGAUCCUCACAGCUGCGUCGCCAUGAUUACCUUCGAUGUCGCUUUGCUGCAGAUCUACAAGAUGAACUUUGACAACGCUGCCUUCAAGCACCGCAUGCCCCAGCAGAAGACGGCCCCGGGGUACGAGAAGCUACCCAUGAAGAGGGGCAUCUUUUUCGACAUGUUUCCCUUUAGCGUGAUCUUCCGCCGGGACAUGACCAUGUACCGCAUCGGGGACGGUCUAAAGGAGGUCUUCUCCGACCUGCAGGGCAAGAAGGUCAACGAAGAGUUCACCCUGGUGCGGCCCAUGCUGGAGUUCAGCUGGGACAACGUGAGUACAGGAGAGAAGAGAGAGGGGUGAGGGUUCUGUUACAUUUGGUAUGGUUUUUCCACU